CUUUUCCCUUUUCUUCCCGAACCAACGCCGCUGCUUCUGUGCCCGGCCUUGCUCGACACCCUCCCGAACCAGCGUCCCUGCCUCCUGCACGCUGCGCCUGCGCCCCUGCUCCCUGCUCUGCGCCCAGAUCCCGUGCACCCUUUGCGCUCCCUGCUAGCCAUCACCAGCAAUCAUUCACGCCUACACCCCCCUUUGCACGUCUGCGCCCCUGCCGCUGCACCUACCCCCCUGCACCGAGCCUACGCCACUGCUGCUGCACCUUGCUGCGCCUCCUGCACUAUGCGCCCCAAUCCCGUGCCUUUGCACUCUUACUCGCUACAGCCAUGUCAUACCAGACAAAUCGGCAUCAUUAGUGAUUGACGGAGCAAGUUUUUUUUAUUUAUUUCAUUUUAUUUUUUUUAUAAAUCGGCAUCAUUAGUGAUUGACGGAGCAAGUUUUUUUUAUUUAUUUCAUUUUAUUUUUUUUAUUUGGGUAUAUAUAUAGAACAAAAUCAGAUUAGGAGGGGGUCUUUGGGUGGAUUUUCGGGUUUGAUAUUUGGAAGUCUCCGUUGGAUUUUCUUUGAGAGUAGUAAAGGGAAAUUCCGAGGAGAAUGGGGGUAUGUGGUUGAUUUUCGGAGUUGAUUUGGGGAGUCUCUAUCUGGUUCUUGAGAGCACUAAAGGGAGAUACGUUGAGCUGCCGCCAUUUCAAGAUGCGAUGCCAGAAAAGCAACCCGAUGCUCCUCCAUCAGUAGUCAGUUAAUAUUGUCUUAUUUUCAGCAACCGUUUGGGAUUCAAUGGAUCUUUUAAAUAGGUGGUGAUCCGAAGUAAGGCUGCAAAAUUUCGUAACUCUGCAGAAACUUAUGGAAGUGAUGGAAUAAAGUUGUGGACUAUAUGAAGAUACAUAGUUUUUAAGACCAUAUGGAAUGUUUAUUUACAAUAAUAAAGUGCAACUUGUGUUGUAGUAAUUUGAAGGUCGGUAUCUUUCAAGUUUUAAUUGGAGUGAAUAAGAUAUCAAGUCCAAUUUGAAAGCCAUAUGUAUGAUAUGGAUAUGCAACCAGACCAGAAGGUGAGGGUCAAGGGAGGGCAAUCAUUAAACAUUAAUGGAAUGAGUCAAUAACACUGAGAAUUGAUUGGUGCAAGCAAGAGGAGUCCGUGGCUGCAAUUGCAAACUGCGUUCUCAAGGUGGGAAUGGGUCUUGUCUAUGCAGCUUCACCCAGUGGCAGCUCCGUACCGUCACGGGGGCCUUGUUUCUAUUUGGAGACUUCAUCCACAGCGUCUUGGUUUCAGUAA